CCCAAGGAUUUACCAACAUGGCUUACGUUAUUAAUUGGACAGCCACCUAUCGGCACGACUCAGACAUCGUUGCACCCUAUGAAAAGUUCAUUCUUUAUGAUAAAAAGGUUCAGGCUCUAAAACAAGAACAAGAUUAUGCAGCAAAGAAGACAAAAAAAGUAGUUUGGUUUGUAUCCAAUUGUGCUGCUCGAAAUGGCCGACUCCAGUAUGCGCGGGAGCUUGCGAAGUAUAUCGAACUGGAUAUCUAUGGUACUUGUGGUGCCAAGAGGUGUCCACGCACUAGUGCUAAAAAGUGCUUUGACAUGAUUGAUAAAGAAUAUAAAUUUUAUUUGGCAUUCGAAAAUUCCAAUUGUAAGGAUUAUAUUACAGAAAAAUUCUUUGUCAAUGGAUUAAGCCGUGACGUUGUACCAAUUGUGAUGGGAGCUCGACCCGAGGAUUACCGUAGGAAUGCUCCACAUCACUCAUACAUUCACGUGGAGGACUUCGAAUCUCCAAAACAUCUUGCUGAAUACCUACAUCGCCUUGAGAAGAAUAAUACUCUAUACAAUGAAUACUUUCAGUGGAAAGGCACUGGAGAAUUCGUGAACACGUACUUCUGGUGCCGUCUAUGUGCCCUUCUGCAUGCCCCUCCACAGAGCAAAGUUUAUAGUGACAUUCAUACGUGGUGGGCGGGGCCCGGAACAUGCACAACAAACACCUGGCGAAAUUUAAAUGAAAACUUAAAGAAGAGAGAUAUUGAAAAGUGACGAAAUUAAUGUUUAUAUAUUUUGUUACUUUUCUGGUUUUUCACUUAAUAUCGGCACUUGGCAAUAUACAGACAUCAAUAAGAGCGUAAACAAGCUGAUUGAUCUUUUAUGAAAUGCCAUUUUAUCUCCACAGUUAAUCGUGAAAUAAAAUAGUUUGUUUCACAUUCCAAUGUACAUAUAUUAUAUAUAUUCAUAUAAAGUGGUAGAGAAGCAUAGAUCAGGAAAAGGCUACGAAAACAUUUCAAAGUCGCUGAUUAUCUCUUUGAGUGCAGUGAAGUCCAUCAUUAAAAAGUGAAAUGAGCUUCAUACCACCCAAUCACUACCCAGAUCAGGCCGACCUUCCAAACUAAGCAGCCGAGCAAGCAGGAAACUGGUUAGGGGUACCACUGUGACGCUAUUAGUGACUUUGAAAGAUUGGCAAAGUUCCAUGUCUGAGAGGGGAGUCAGUAUUCAUAUAUGGACAAUAUCCCGGUCUGUAUGGGAGAGUGGCAAGAAAGAAGCCAUUACUGAAAAAGAAUCAUAUUAAAUCUCGAAUGAAGUUUGUGACAAAGCAACUAAAUGAUACUGCAGACAUGUGGCAGAAGGUUUUGUGGUCAGAUGAGACAAAAAUUGAACUUUUUUUUGGUCUAAAUUCAAAGCAUUACAUCUGGUGCAAGCUCAACUCAGCACAUCACCCAGUCAACACCAUCCCAACUUUGAAGCAUGGUGUUGGCAGCAUCAUGUUAUGGGGAUGCUUCUCAUCAGCAGGGACUGGGAAGCUUGUCAGGAUUGAGGAAAAGAUGAAUGGUGCAAAGCACAGGCGAAUCCUAGAGGAAAACCUGCUUUAGUCAGCUAAGAGUCUAAAACUGGGUAAAAAAAUCAGCAGCACAAUUACUCGAAGUACAAGGUCAAAGCCACACUGGAGUGAUUUCAAAAGAAGAAAGUGAAUGUCCUGGAGUGGCCCAGUCAAAGUCCUGAUUUAAAUCCAAUAUAAAAUUUACGGCGAGAAUUGAAGACGAUCCCCUUAAAUGAUCCCCAACGAACUUGUCAGAGUUUGGGCAAUUUUGCCAGGAAUAAUGGGAAAACAUUACACCAUCUCAUUCUACAAAGCUGGUAGAGACCAAUCCAAAAAGACUCACAGCAGUACACUAACAGUUCUAUUUACACAUACUCUCUUAGCUCUCAACUGGCCCUGGAAUCGGUUAUUGUCAGUUCUCACCCUGUUAUCUUAGACAUUCAAAAAUGACGGGCUCAAUUUUCUCUGUCAUCUGUUUCUAUCCAGUUUCUUUGGAUACCUGGCCAUGUAUGUACUCUAGGAAAUGAGCAUGCUAACACUGCAGCUAAGUCUGUCUACUCUCGUGUUGUCAUAGCCAUGCCUUUCCCAUAUAUGAAUUUUGCUCCUGUGAUCAAAGCCUGGCUUCACGCCAGUUGCCAGUCGAUUUGGGGUGAGCAACUUCACAACAAGCUUUUCCAAGUCAAACCUACUGUUCUUGAUUGGCUGUCGAAUUUCCAUAAGGAUCAAUUGGAGGAAGUUGUCUUGACUAUGUUACACAUUGGUCACAGUUUUUUUAACCAUUAUUUUCUUUUACGUGGGACUGACCCACCAAUAUGUGGCCUUUGUGACACUCAGGUCACAAUUGCCUACAUUUUACUUUCAUGCCAUCAUUACAUCUGUGAAUGGUGGCACCAUUUUAGACAUAUUUUUAUCGGGAUUUACCCAUUGAUAUUGGACAGUGCCAUUGGUGAUAGUGACACUGUCCAACUUGAUUAUGUUUUAGCAAUUGGGGGCCAUUGGCCUUUCUACUUCUAUUCAGUUUUUACCUAAUUUUUGGGCACUGUUUUGCUUUUACAUUUUAUUGUAUUUUACUUGAGGCAUUUUUACCAGUUGUUUGAUGCAGAUAGCCUAGUUGCUUUGCGCCAAUAAACACCAAACAACAAAA